CUUUUUCACGUUUCGGUCCCAAGGAAUUUCUGAGAGCACCAUGAAAAUCAAAGCUCUUUCUCGUCCCACUUCCUCUCAGCAGGCCCCGGGAACUGCUGUCGUUCGACAGCCUCGAAACCUCGACCCGGCACAGCAUCCUUUUGAGCGCGCCCGAGAAUACACUCGCGCUCUGAAUGCUACCAAGCUAGAGCGUCUGUUUGCUGCGCCCUUCUUGGGUCAACUGGGCGACGGUCAUGUGGACGGUGUGUACACAUUGGCCAAGGAUCCAGGCUCUCUGGAACGGUUCGCUAGUGGCAGCGGUGAUGGUGUGAUCAAGGUCUGGGAUUUGACUACGCAGGGAGAAGUCUGGGAGACUCAGGCGCACGACAACAUCGUCAAGGGCGUAUGCUGGACCCCCGACCGGAAGCUGCUCUCCUGCGCCAGCGACAAGACCGUCAAACUCUUCGACCCAUACAACUCCUCCUCCGAGGCUCCGCCACUAGCCACCUAUCUUGGGCAGGGUGCCUUCACCUCCGUCACGCAUCACCGUGAUCUCCCCCACUUCGCUGCCGCCUCGUCCCAAAUCUCGAUCUACGAUCUCUCUCGCCCCUCCUCCACGCCGUCUCAAACCCUUCACUGGCCUACGAAUGUUGACACGAUCACCUCGGUUGCCUUUAACCAGACAGAAACCUCCAUUCUCGGCUCUACCGGUAUCGAUCGCUCUAUUAUCAUGUACGACCUUCGCACCUCGUCGCCGCUCACGAAGAUGACUCUCCGCCUGGCGUCGAACGCGAUUUCUUGGAACCCGAUGGAAGCGUUCAACUUUGCCGUGGCGAAUGAGGACCACAACGUCUACCUCUUCGACAUGAGGAAGAUGGACCGCGCAUUGAACGUUCUCAAGGAUCACGUUGCGGCUGUGAUGGAUGUGGAUUUCAGCCCGACUGGUCAGGAGCUGGUCACGGCCUCCUACGACAAGACGGUGCGCUUGUGGAACCGGGCUACGGGCCACUCUCGCGACAUCUACCACACACAGCGCAUGCAACGUGUCUUCUCUGCCAAGUUCACCCCCGACAACAAGUACAUCCUGUCCGGCUCCGACGACGGAAACGUCCGCCUGUGGCGCGCCAAUGCUUCCGAUCGCAGUGGCAUCAAGAGUGCCCGUCAGCGAACCAAGCUCGAGUACGACCAAGCUUUGAUCCAGAGAUACCAGCACAUGCCCGAGAUCAAGAGAAUCAGGCGCCAGCGCCACGUCCCCAAGCCGAUCAAGAAGGCCCGCGAGAUCAAGAGAGAGGAACUGAACGCGAUCAAGAGACGCGAGGAGAACGUCCGCAAGCACACCAAGAAGGAGAACCUGAAGAAGAGACAGAGCGAGCGCGAGAAGAUGAUCCUAGCCCGGGAGCAGUAGGUCGGGCUCCAUCAUAUAUCUUGCGCUUUCCCUUAGGUCAUUGCUCGCCUUGGGAAAUUGUCCGGGCAGUCUUACGCUCUACGUUCUCGCAUGAGUGGAAGAAUCU